CUGCUAAUCAGAACCUCCCAUCUCCCCUUAAACCCCUAUCAAGCCAAAAAGUAACACACCACCUCUCUUAAGUCUCAACUACCUUAACCAACCGCCUAACCCUACCCCAUCAAUUUUACCUCUCAUUUUCUCUGUGGAAAGCUCAAACCUUUGCAGUCCCCCUCUUUCAAUUUUCAAUCCCCAACGCCUUCGCUUAAAGCAACCCAAAACCCCAUAUCACAAAAAUAAAGCAAAACCCAAUCCAUAUCCUCUUUCCCACAUCAUAAAGUUCCAAUCUUUGCAGUCCUCUCUUUGAAAUCUCAAACACCCAGAACCCUAAAUCAAUCAGAGAAAGAAACCCAAUUCUUAUUUCUCCAUUUCCGCGUUGCCCAAUUCAACCAAGUUUCGAUUUUGCUAUCUGGGUGUUUCUGGUAAAUCCCAACCCUCAAAUGUGGCGGCCGUGGAGUAAAUCAACGGUUCAGAUUCACGACACGACGACAUCGCCGACCUCGCCGUUCUCGUUCUCCUCCUUCAAAGACAUCCAGAACCUCUGCGCCGAAGAGCCGCCGCAACCCGCCGCCACCGCCAAGAAAGCCUCGGCGAUCUUCCACCGCGUCCGAGUCGCCAACUCACUCCUCCGCGCCUGGUCGACUCGCCCCAAAGAUGAGCCCUCCCCUACGACGCAACUCGAGCCGUCGUCUAUUUCCCUCCCGGGCGGCGAGAAACGCAUUGUCGUAUACUUCACCAGCCUACGUGUCGUGCGCCGCACGUUCGAGGACUGCAAGGCCGUCCGAUCAAUACUCCGGGGAUUCCGCGUGACGUUGGACGAGCGAGAUCUGGCGAUGGACCACGCCUUCAUUACCGAGCUGCAGCAGAUCCUUGGUCAAAGAAAGUUGACCCUCCCCCGGGUUUUCAUUGGCGGGAGGUACAUUGGUGGGGCCGAGGAGGUGAAACAGCUGCACGAGGCUGGCGAGCUCAAGAAGUUUGUGGAAGGCCUGCCCGUACAGGAACCCGGCGCGUGCGACGCGUGUGGCGGAUACAGGUUUUUACUGUGUGACGUUUGUGACGGCAGUCAUAAGUUGUAUUCUGAGAAAGGGGGCUUCAGGAGUUGUACCUCGUGCAAUGAGAAUGGUCUGAUCAGGUGCUCUUCUUGUUCUUGCGCACCAAUCUAGAUAAUUAGGGGAAAAAGAAGCAAUUUAUUUUUAUUUUGUGUUUUGUGUUUUUUUUUUUUUUUUUUUUGGAAUUUCUGGGUUGGAGUAGUUUAAUGUGUAGUUUUUGUUAUGGAGGAUGUUGUUGGGUAAUUUGUAUGUAACGUAAGAAAGUGUAGUUCCAACCAGAAAUGGGGUGUGACAUUUUGUCACACCUUGGAUUUUACAAGCUGACUUUGGGUUAUGAUAUUUCAACUUGAUUUAGGUA